AAUUAAAUGACCUAUCAAGGUCGUUUGUUAUUUGAGCUAUCGUUGCUCGACUGUUACUCCUUGCUUCCGUUUUGCAAAAGCCAGUCCAGCAUCGGGUAAUUUUAUCGAUCAAAAAUAAAUUCCGUCUGAAGUUCAUGCACAAUAGACACAUGGUCACUUACAUUUUGUACCUUGGUCAAGGGACCACAAAUUCCCAACUUUGGCACAUUUAUCAAUUUAAAUUGAUCAAUUUCAGGUUUCCUCUGUCUCAUUUUCCCGAAAUUAACGCAAGUUCGGGAUCUUCACUCAAUUUACCGAUAAGUUCUCUAUUCUCGGAAGUCUCAAGGUGUUCACACUCAUUAAGAAAAUUCUAUGAUAUAUUAAUGAUAACUGCUCGCCGACGGGGUGUUCAUCCAUCUAGUCUUCAUCACUAAUUUUGAUCAAUUCGUCCGACGUUCGUAUUUCUUUUGAUUUUUGACCACAAAAAUAUUUGGAACUUCGGUUCUUAACUAACCAAUCAUCUGUUACGUUAUGAACUAUUAUGAGCUCAACCUUGAGCCCUUUUACAGAUUUGGUGGAUUCCUCAAGCCUAGGAAAGGUUGUUCACGAUGGCAGUGAGUUGGCUGUUUUGAGCUCGUUGUUUGAUAAAACUUCUAAAUAUGGGCAUGCAAAGUUAAAAAUAUUCAUUCGGAAUCUCAAUUUACCCCCAUCACAUCCCAUACGUAAAAGUCUUUGGUCACAGCUUUUAUCCACCAAAUAUUCCAUUAAUUUACAGAUUUCCGAUUCAAGCAUCCAUAAUAAUGAUAUUUCACCAACCAGUGUUACAAACAUUGAUGGUUCAUCAUUAUUGGCUGGUUACGAGUUUUCCAAUCAAAUGUUAUUGCCAACUUUUUUCUUAAAUACACUUGGUCAAAAUUGUUUACGGACAAUAUUACAUAAUAUUUUUAUUGACCGCCCAGAACUUGUUUAUGCUCCACAGCUAUGGCCGUUGACAGCAUUAUUUCUACACUAUAUGCCUAUUACAGUUGUACGUAAAUGUAUACUCACUUUAUUGGAUCAACCUGGUAUUUUAAUUCAAACGAAAUCUGAUUGGAAAGAACAUUGUUUAUCAUUAGAAGAGUUGGCCUAUUUAUGUAAUCUUUUACGAAGAGAUAGUCGGAAGCGUACCGUAUUGCUGACUUCCAAAUCAAAUGAGAAAAAUGUUAGUGUCACCUGUAAAGAAGAUGAAAGACGGCUUCAGUUGGCCCGUUGGUGUUUAUUACUGUGGAAGUUACCUUUUGAACAUCUUGUUUGUUUAAUUGAUAGCUUUUUGUUAGAAGGACCGAAAGUGUUCUAUCGUGCUGGUUUAGUUAUUCUUAAAGCCUCCUUAAGCGGAAAGUAUUUAAAGAUUAGCAGUGAAACCAAUGGAAUCGGAAAGAAUGUUGGUGAUUAUUCUCAUGGGUUUGUGUAUGACGAAGAAAUAUUCAAACAUAUCCCAUUGACACCAUCAAAGUUAAUGAGAAAAAUGUUCUCACUGCAUGGUGUGAGUCGGACGAAAAUUUCUCAGGCAAUCAAAAAUGUUCAGUCUCUUCAAGUGAAUUUUGAUGUUGACAAACAGCUGAUUCAACCAUGUAAUAAAAGCGGAAAGAAUACAUUCGCUGCUUACUUACUUGGUGGUGAUGCUGAAAAACAAAUUCAUCCGUCUGAAUGUGUAUCGAGUAAUGAAUUAGCUUCAAUUAUCACAUCGAUUGAUGAUCGCAAAUAUUCCUGUUUAUUCAAACCGUAUCGAGUAUUUUCAUCUAAUGUAGAUGGUAAUAGCCUGCGUACAUUUUAUGCUAAGGCAGCAGAGACAGAAAAUCCUGCAACAAUUCUAUUGGUACGUAGUUUGUCAAGGAAUAGUAUUAUUGGAGCCUUUUGUUCAGAUAGAUGGCAACCUCGUGUUGAAUCUGUUUACUAUGGAAAUGGUUUAUGCUUUCUAUUUCGCAUUAAACCUGGUCCAUUUGUUAUAUAUAGGUGGAUUGGAUCAAGUUCUGAUGAUGAAAAGAUUAUACAUUCCAUACAACACCAACGUUUUCAACGAGCUUCAAAUAAUGGUAUAGAAAUUGGUGGCAGUAUAAGUAAGGGACCUCCAGGUUUAAGCUUGGAUAGUUGUCUCACAACGGCUUCAAGUGGUCCAACUCUAACUUUUUCUAAUCCUUGCUUGAUUACUGAUCCAGCUGAUUUAACACAAACAAUUCAGUGUGAAAAUGGACAAAUUGGUUGUAUGUUCACUGUUGGAUUGGUCGAACUAAUUGGUUUUCAUGAUCUCUAAACCGUUUGAAAUUGCAUAAAUUAUUGGAUUUCUCUUCAAAUCAUCUUAUGAUAUUUUUUUAAAAUAAAAUUUUCCUUGAUCUGUUUAUUUAUUACAUUAUUAGCCUGUUUUAUAUAUGCGUGUAUGAGAGAGAUAUUUAUAAUUCUUUUUUUUGGUGUUUUUCCUAGUUGUUUAUUAUCGGUCUUUGUAUAACAUAUAUUUAUGUAGUUGUAGACAAAUACAUUUGGGCAACUAACUACCUAUUUAACUAUGAUCUGUGUUAAAUGAAAACAUUCCUAUUGCAAAAAAUACACAACAUAAAUGAUAAUGACUAUGUAUAUUCAUUUUUUUUCUUUAAUUUUCUAUCACUACUUCUGCUACUUCCAUUACUAUUACUAAUAUUCUCAUUAAAAUGAUGUGCAAUUUAUUGUCGAUCCUGUGCAAAACUCAUUUAUUUUAUUAUUUGUUUGUUUUUCUCUAGUCAUAUUCUCUUGCUCAAUCAUACCAAUAUUUAUUUACUUGUCAAUACUUAUUCAAACUAAGAAAAAUAACUGAUUUAUUUACUGCUUAAUAGAAAAUUAUUUUAUUUGAAUUUUUGCAAACUUCUGUUUCUCAGUCAUUAAAAAUGAAUAUAUAUAUGUUUAUUUUUAAUACAUCUUUUCAUAUUCUUUAGUUGCUUUAAUUAACGAAUGAAUAGUAGCUAUUUUGGUAUGUAGCUUCAUAAUUAG